AUGGUUGGUGUGCCCCGGAGCCAUGGCUGUUCGCUGUGUGUGAAGCGCCGAGUCAAAUGUGACGAAAGACUCCCUAGCUGUGUCAAAUGCGAGAAAUAUGGUCAACCCUGUCCUGGGUAUAAUCGAGGUUUCAAGUUUGUAACUGGAAAGCCAUAUCGGAACCGGCGUCAACCCAAUGCGCCUGAUGAUCGAAAUGGCGCAUCCAGCACUGCGACGUCUAGUCCAGAAUCAGAGCGCAACCCUGCUAGCCAGGCACUAGCUCAGAGAGAUAGACCGCAGGGAAUAGUCUCCAAGAAUUCAAAUGUUAUACAAUCUCUGUGUGUGCUCAUAGAUGAUUUCUCCCAACCAUACACACCCAGCUUGACACAUGUCGUGACCCGAUGGCUGGGGUUUCUUCCUUCUGUUUAUGGUCAGAAUCGGGUUUUGGAUGCCACUAUCAGAUCCUUCACAGCUCAUCACUUUGGGCGUGUGACGGGGAACACCCAAAUGGUGUCAUAUGCCCGGUCAGCGUACGGAGAAGCUCUCCGUGGACUCAGAAAGUCGUUGCAAACACCGGCCGAAAGUUUAUCCACCCACAUAUUCUGUGCGGUUGUGAUGCUGUGCAUGUAUGAACUUUUUACAGAUACCGAGAACCCAGAUUCAUGGAUGAAACACGCCAAAGGUCUGAGUCAGUUGGUCAACAUUCGAGGACCAGAUAGAUAUAACAAUGUGUUCGACAUAACACUACUCAAAGCCUCCCGGGGUCUGAUUGUUAUGCAUUCAAUGUUUUCUGGAGAUGAAUGCUUUUUAGCCUCUGAAGACUGGCACGCGACAAUGCGACAGCAGUUCACAACGGAUCUCUCAGCAGAACUGCACCACAGCAUAGAAACUUUCUUUGCAUACCUCACAUACACACCAAGCCUUGUGCACAGACUUUAUGAGCUGAGGCAUGCUCAAUUGACUGGCCCCGAAGCGUUGCACGUAAUGUCUGGGAUGCUAUCAAAAGCCCUUGAUAUGCAGACGAAGUUGGCUGAAUGGUACCAGCAACACUCGCGAAUUGCAUCACCACCAGUCGAGACAUUAUCCUCAACGGGGGAUGAGAUGUUUCCCACUGUUCUUUUAUACACAGAUGUUAGCCAUGCCACCAUAUACUGCGGCUACUACUCUUACAUGGUGAUUAUCCAUGAAAUAUUGAAGAACUGUGGAUAUCCAGGUGAUCACGAGAUGAUGGUUGUCUACUUCAGAGAUCAAAUUUGCAAAUCGGUUGAAUUCAACAGCGUGGGUGUCAUGGGCCCAUACAGAAUGGGAUUUCCCCUUCGCGUUGCCUUUGAGGUUGCUGAUACAGCGACAAGAUCAUGGAUUAUGAGCUGCCUUGAACAAUUUUCCAAGACCUACGCUGCUUCCCAGCCAGAGAACUACAAAUCUGUUCUGUGA